AUGAAUUGGUCGAUAAAGGCGUUGCUGUUUAUUUCCUGCGCAACGACAUUUUGCUAUGUUGCACUAAUGGGAAAAGCGGAUCUAUCUGCAAAUGUAAAAAGAACAGAACUAAUAUCACCAGUUGUUGAAAUAAAGAAUGGAAAUAAAUGGAUUGUUGUCACAAGUGUCAGUGCUCCAACUGAAGAUGUUAAAAGACUAUCUUCAUUUCCAGACUGGAACUUAGUUGUAGUAGCAGAUACUAAAACUCCAUUGGAUUGGAAAUUGGAAAAUGUGCAUUUCUUAUCAGUCGAAUAUCAGAAGCAGUUGCCAUUCUCCAUAUCUGCAUUGCUCCCCUAUAAAUCAUACACUCGAAAAAAUAUAGGCUAUUUGUAUGCAAUUUCUCACGGAGCUGAAUGGAUUUAUGACACGGAUGAUGACAAUAAACCAUAUGGUCAAGGAUUAAAGCAAUUCGACUUUGAUGACACAAUAUCGGGAGUUCGGUAUCGGCCUCAAAUGAGAAGUGAGGAAAGAAUAUUAAAACGACUUUUCAAUCCUUACCGAUUUUAUGGAAUGGAUCAAAUGUGGCCAAGAGGGUUUCCAUUGGAACAUAUUGAGAAACACACGAAUGGGAACGAUUCACAAGUAUUGUGUUAUCAAAUGAAACGAGCAGCUGUGCAACAAGGUUUAGUGCGCCAUGAUCCGGACGUGGACGCAAUUUAUAGACUGCUUCACGCUGACACUAAAUCUGGUUUAAACUUGAAAUUCAAUAAGUUUGCUCCUCCCAUAACUUUGUCCGUUGGCACAUAUUCUCCAUGGAACUCACAGAAUACAUUGUUCCACAAAUCAGCAUUUCAUACUUUGUUCCUCCCGACUACGGUGUCAUUCAGAACCACUGACAUUUGGAGAUCUUUUGUUUCUCAGAAAAUCUUGCAUUUAUCCGGAUUAACAGUGUCAUUCGUACCAACAAACGCGGUACAAUUCAGGAAUGCGCAUGACUAUUUGAAAGAUUUCAAGGACGAGAAACAAGUUUAUGAAGAUUCUGGAAAAAUGAUAGAAUAUCUUCAUGACUGGAAAUGUGCCCCUGAAAACUCUAGCGAUUUGGAGAGAUGUGUGAAACAGUUGGCUAAUGAUCUAGUUGAAGUGAAACUGUGGGGUAAAGAGGAUGCUAUGUUGACGGAAAUGUUUUUGAACGAUUUGAAGAGAGUGGGAUUUGAAUUCCCCCGCAUACUUGAUGGAAAUUACGAGGAUCCUUAUACUCCAUCGAAAAACGAAACCUCUAGAGAUGUGAAUUGCAGGAGAAUGCAGCUAGACUUUGAAUUAAAAGAAACAAAGAAAACUGACCUAGAUGAGAAUGUUCAACGGGCUACUCGGAAAAUAAAUUAUUUCGGAGAUAUCGUUUACUGGUGUAACGAAACUGAUUAUUCUAACUUAACGAAUCAGUUCCCUUCUCCAGAGCAGCUUUCCAGGAAGCACGAAAACUCGUAUGUUCUCAAAAAGAACUUAAACACGGUCCUAAUAGUUGUCAACAAUUACCCAUGGAAAUAUGGAAUGGGUUUAUUUCAAAGACUCUACGAACCAUAUUUUGCAUCGACAAUUUUCUGCGGUUCCUGGUAUCCGGAAAAUUUUACAAACGUUGAUAACUUUACAUCAACUAUUUUUCCAAUCAACUACGUUCAUGUUAACCCUGCUGAAAUCCACAAAGGAUAUUUUGCAUAUCAUUGUGUCACUUUGGUUAAAGAAAUGCGACUUAGCAAUGUGGAAGGAUAUUUCAUGAUGGCAGACGAUGCAAUAUUCAAUAUCUGGCAAAGAAUUGAUUACUCGAGAGUUUUCCAUUUGAAUGGAAUCUACAACAUUUCAAACGUUUGGUGGAGCGGAGAUUAUGGAAAAAAAGCAGCUAUCAACAUUUUGAAAACUAUCAAAAUCACUAACAAUACAAAAUUUCAAGAUGCAUGGAACAAAUUUGACAAAGGAUUGCAAAAUUACGCUUUCUUCAACUUGACAGAUAACGCAGAAACACAAAUGCUGAAUCCGAUUGGAAAAAGUAUCUCAGAUUUUUACUAUAUUCCCACAUUACAAAGCGAGUACUAUGCCAGUCUUAUGCGGUUAUUCUAUGAAAACCAAUUCUUCUUGGAAAUCGCAGUGAAUAGGUUUUUGCGAUCCGUGGAUCAUUCAACAUCUCUCUAUGCUCGAACCAGUUAUCUUUGGACAAACCGUGAGAAAUGGGAUACAGUUUAUCACAAGAAUAUGGUUGCAAUGCAUCCUGUCAAAAUUAGUAAAUUCAUGAAACCUGGUGCAGCUAGAAAGCGAUAUUGCGCUUCAAUACUUCAAAUUUGGUCGGAUAUUAUUUUCGGUGGAUCUCGUAAUUACACGGAUAAAAGUGACGAAGAAAUAGAUUAUAUCAACGGGUUUCCUGUUAGACAGUUAUAUUAGUUAUAUUAUUAGACAGUUAUAGUUUCUUGAAUUGAAUUAUGAAUUGAUCAUUUU